UUGAAAGACAAUGUAUACAAAAACACAUCUUGCAAUCGCUUCGAAAACAACAAAAUUCUUGUAAACCAGCAACUAAAUUAAAAGUUAUUAAGAAACAAUGGCUUCCGAUGGUGAGGACAUCACGUUGACGCCCACGGAAUCGCUGGCUUCGGCCACAGACACCGAGGACGAAGAGAUGGGAGGGCAAGUGCAUUCGGACAUGGAAACCGAUGAAGAAGAUUUGGACGUGGAGAUUGUGCCAGCCACCGCCGAGGAUGCAGAUAUGGAUGAAUUGCUGCGUCAGUUGGAGGACUACACACCCACCAUUCCGGAUGCCCUAACUACGCACACUUUGAAGAAGGCUGGCUUCUCCACGGUGGACCCCCAAAUCGUGCGCCUGAUCUCCGUCUCCGCCCAGAAGUUCAUCUCGGACAUUGCUAACGAUGCACUGCAGCACUGCAAGACUCGCACCACAAACAUCCAGCAUUCCAGUGGCCACAGCUCUAGCAAGGACAAGAAGAACCCCAAGGAUCGCAAAUACACUCUGGCCAUGGAGGAUCUGGUUCCAGCUCUGGGCGAUCAUGGCAUCACCAUGCGCAAGCCACAAUAUUUUGUUUAAGAUUAUUAUUGUAGUUUUAUGUGAAAAGUAGUACGAAAUUUAAAGUUAGUAAAGUAAAUUCUUGACAAUUUUUAAGUUCUUAACAAUGUAAACAGAAAUUUUAAAAAGUAUGCAUAAAAUAUUAUUACGUUAUCAAA